AUGACAAUGAGCGAAGGAAUUGAGGAUUUUGCUCAUAAUGGAGACGAUUUGGCUCAACAGGGAAAUAGAGAAAUCCCCGACUUAAUCGCUCCGGAAGGAGGAUUCUCGGAAGAAACGACGCAUGGUGACGCGCCCCAAACUGGGCACAAGGAAGAUCUAAAUGAAGAGGGUGGAGCCAAUGGUAAUGAACAGAAUAAUCAUGAUGAAGAAGAUAACGCAGACGAUGACGAUGAAUCUAGUGGAAAUGGAGAAUCCGAAGAUGAGGAUGAGAAUGAAAGCUCAGCAUCGGAAGGAGACUCUGAAUCAGAUGAAGAUGAGGAAGAACCCAAGCUAAAGUACUCACGGCUAUCGGAUUUGAAGCCACCUGUGUUCUCAAAUAAUACGGUAUCUACAUUUUUGGCGAGCGAAACGGUUAUAGUCUUUGCCACACAUUCAGGGAUAAUUCACAUGUUUAAUCCUGAUAUGAGCUCUAUCAGAUCGUUUCGUGCACACCGAGCGUCUAUAUUGUCUUUAUCUACUGAUGGCACAUAUCUAGCAUCCGGGUCUCUUGAUGGUACAGUUGUUAUAGUAUCUAUUAUGAAUCAAAAAGAUACAUCCUAUGCUGACUUCAAACGUCCAAUUCACGCGGUCGCUUUGGAUCCAAAUUAUAAGUCCACUCGAGCAUAUGUUUCGGCAGGAACGGCAGGAAGUGUUAUUCAUAGCGAAAAGAACUGGUUUGGAAGCAGAUCAGAUACUGUUCUAUAUACCUCGGAAGAUCCAAUAAUAUCCUUGAACUGGGUGAAUAAUCUAAUUAUAUGGAUGAAUGAGGAUGGAAUUAUAUUAUAUUCUACACACAGAAAGUCUAUCUUAAGGCGUAUAGACCGCCCUGCCAAUGCCCCCCGUGCUGACCUAUACAAACCACGAAUCUGCUUUCCAGACUCGAAUAGAAUCUUCAUAGCAUGGGUGGAUCAUAUAUGGAAUAUCAAAAUAACCACGGGUAGCGAAGCAAAGCCAAAGCCCACUAUAGGAGCACCAUCGUUUCUUUCAUCUAGUGCGUCGGUUUUGUCACCCCAUGCUGACGAAAUUAUAGAGGUUGAAAAUGUACACAAACUACCUUGGCUCCUAAGCGGUAUAUUACCAUUUAAAGACGCAGUAAUGAUAUUGGUGUACGCUAAAGCAGAUGGUCAAGAGGCGUCCGUUUCCUCUCGGAAGCGACCAACUCCCGAUCCACCUGAGUUAAAACUCAUAGACUGGUUGACAGGAGAAGAAACUUAUGCAGAUGUUCUAUCUAUGCGAGGGUAUGAGCGACUAGGCUUAGAUGAUUAUCACCUGGGUCAUUUUCAUGGAAAUAGAUCCAUGCCUGAUAAAUAUUUUAUUGUCAGUGGUACAGACGCAAUAGUUGCUGAAGAGCGGACGAUGCUGGAUAGAUUGAACUGGCUUGACGAAAAGCAUAUGUACAAGAAAAGUUGGGAGAUGAGCGCCAGCUUAGUGGAUCCGAUAAGUCGAAUUGCUAUAGGAAUCAAACAUGUUGAAUCAUUAAUCGACAAAGAAAAAUGGGGCGAAGCAGCUGCAUUUCUUAAAAUAAUUCUGUCACAGCCGUCAAUUGACAAGUCAGUACUGAGGGAAGAGUGGGAUAGAUGGGGAUGGAUAUUUGUGAACUCCAAUCAUAUUAGCGAAUUAGCUCAGGUUUUGCCUAUUGACGAUGAACUAGAGAUCAAAGAGGACUUGUACGAUAGCAUCAUUAACUAUUGUCUGGACAAUGACAGAAAAACUCUUGUCAGUUUGAUUUAUAACUGGCCCCCUUCACUUUACGAUUACAAUUUGCUAAAGAAUCAACUAGAGGAUCUUAUUAACGAAUCUGAGACCUCAAGCUCGAUAAACCAAAUGCGAAUGGCCUUAGCCGACCUUUACACAAGGACAAAUGACCCAUUGUCAGCCCUUCAGCACUUGCUAGCUCUACAUCAUGCCACGGUGAUAGACCAUAUCUCAAAAUAUCAUUUGCUACCACAGAUCCACGCAAUGAUUCCCCAAGUCUUCAUAUAUAACCUCACGGAUGAGGAGUUAGAGAAUGCUCCGUUAGAAGUAAUCCGCGACAAGACGAAACAUACGAUUAAUCUGUUUGUGGAAGGAAGACAUCAGCUUGAACCCAAGGUUAUUAUUCGUGCGUUGUCGGGUAAUAAUAAGCUGGAUGUCAUGCUAUUUUUAUAUUUGGAAGAACUCACUAUAAAGGACUCGUUUAUUUCUAGAGAAUUUGCCAACCUGCAAAUUAAACUGUAUGCUGAGUUUGAUCGCAGGAAGCUGAUGGGGUUUCUUAAUCGCAACAGUCACUAUAACCUGACAGAGGCGCUCAAAGUUUGCGAUCAAAACAAUUAUACACCAGAACUGGUUUAUCUGCUGGGAAAAGUGGGUCAACAUCAAAGAGCAUUAAGACUGAUUAUAGAAAAAAUAGGAGAUCCAGAGCAGGCACUCGAAUUUGCCAAAUCACAGAAUGACCAGGAUCUUUGGAAUGAUCUGAUCCACCACAGUUUGAAGCAUCCUUUAUUCAUUAAAGUUCUGCUUGAGAAGGGAAAUGGAUCUAUAGAUCCUGUUCAGCUUAUUCGUGACAUACCACCAGGGACUAGCAUACCUGGUUUGAAGGAGGCUCUACUUAACCUUUUUAGGGAUAAAGAGAUGUUACAAUCCUUAAAUAUGGGGGCUCUGGAUAUCAUCAAGGAUGAAGGAAAGAGCUACUCGCAGCAUCUGAGGUCGAUACGAUUAAAAGGGGACUCUGUUGACUUUAACACAGAACAUCCAGACCUUGAUUUAUCUGUACCAUAUGUGCUAACGCCAAGUGGAGAAAUCAAAAGUGAGGAGGAAUUGAUAGGUCGUAAGAUCCCAUACAUAGGCGAUAGUGAUCAAGAAAGUGACCGUCCCAGGUGGUCUGUUGCAUACAAAGUGCGUCGGUUAAAGCAUAUAUUGGACUAUCUGCACUUUUAG